UCUUGCUGUUCAUCCCUAAAUUUAUUCUUUGAGCAGAUUUUGAUUUCCAGAUUUUUGUACAUAAGUCUGUAGUGCCUAAAAAUGCAUAUUCUCAUAGUAGUGCAAUUUCAGGUGUUAGAAAAAACAUCACUGCCUGAUCAGAGUCAUAUGACCCCUUACAGCACUAAAUUCUCAGGUACAGGUGCCUCCCAUACUUCUUUUUCUGAUGCUCAGGCCAGCUGGUUGUAAAAAGGCACUUGGUGGUUGGUUUUUUUUCCCCAGAGUUCUUUAAAAAAACAAAGCCCACACAGUCGUAACGGCUAAGCUCCUGAGACAAUUAAUAGUUUGGACAGUAUUAACAAGGGGCAUUUUGUCAUUGUGAGGAUGUUUGACUGACUACUGCGCAGUUCUAAGCUUUUGCAGUCUGGUAUUAUCAAAACAUACAAAAAACUCGAAGGAAAAGUAUAGAGAAGAGCAUUUUAAUUUCAGUAUUGUUUUUAUCUAGCAUGCAUAAAAAUAUUUUAGUAAGGACAGCAGGCUCAGUUAACUGUUAAAUUACAGUUGUUUGUGUAUUUUUAAAUAUAGUUUCUUUGACUUAAUGCAGAAGCAUAUACUCUCCAAGAUUCUUUCUUAGAAGUGAAAGUAUCUCUGCGGUUGCAGGUGAUGCUUUCAUAGUAAGUGUGGGGCAGGCAGCUGGGUCCAUAAAGUCUUCAGACAUGCAAGUUUAGCCUUUGCGAAACCAACCCUUAACUGAGAUGUAAAAGCAGACUCUUAAACCCUGGAGGUAGAAGAAUAGCUCACCUAAGUUAAGGAUGUCAGACAGAUAGGGCAGGGCAUCUGAAUUAGAUUCUUAUCUCCUUAAACUAAGAAGACUACAUCUGGGGGAAGGAGAAGGGAUUGUAUGAAGAAGCAUUAAUACAAUUUGAAAAAAUCAAGGAUACUGAUUUUCAAGCCAUGUAUCAGCUUGGUGUAAUGCAUUAUGAUGGGCUAGGCACUAAGGAAGACCCUGAAAGAGGAGUGGAAUACAUGAAGAAAAUAUUCUACUCUGAUUCUCCGAAAGCAAGACACUUGAAGUUCGCAGCUGCAUACAAUCUUGGCAGAGCAUAUUACGAAGGAUGUGGUGUUAAGCAGUCAACUGAAGAGGCCGAAAGGUUAUGGCUUAUUGCUGCAGACCACGGCAAUCCAAAAGCAAGCAUAAAGGCCCAGAGUACUUUAGGAAUGCUUUAUUCUGCGUCAGAUGUAAAAGAUCUGAAGAAGGCCUUUUUCUGGCAUUCAGAAGCGUGUGGCAACGGAAAUCUAGAAUCACAGGGAGCACUUGGUCUUAUGUAUCUCUAUGGACAAGGUGUACAUCAAAACACCAAAGCUGCUUUGGAGUAUUUGAGAGAAGCAGCAGAACGUGGAAACAUCUACGCUCAAGGCCAUCUGGUGGAGUAUUAUUACAACCGAAAAUUCUAUACAACAGCUGCUGCAUUAGCCAAAAGGGUUACAGAAAAUGAUGACAUCAAGAUGCUAGCAAAGAUAACUGAUUGUCUUCCUAAAUACGUAGCCAAGGGGGUUGCUAUGGCUGCUUUCUACUUGGCUCGAUGCUUCCAGCUUGGCCGAGGUGUACAGCAAGAUCAAGCCACUGCUAAAAAAUACUAUUCUAAGGCAUGCCUUCUGGAUCCUGGUGUUGCUUCUGACCUUGAACUGGCAGCCAAUCUCGGGAAAAUAUAGUGUUUCCUUUAACUGUGACUGGUACAGAAAUGUAUUUCCUACAAUAAACCAUCUUUAAUCUGUAGCAAUUUUAGACUGUUCAUCACUUACUGCCUGCUUUUCAACUUUCAAUAAAUUAAAAAAGAAUUUGUAAAUUGCUUUAUCUAAAAAAAAAAAGGGAAAGCAAAAUGCUUACACUCUUUCUUCAGCUGAGAUGAGGCAAAGGCAGAUGUUUUAAAAUGGUAUUGGAGACUUCAGGUUUAUUAAGGACAUGUUACUGGGACAGAUGUCCUGUGUUGUCUUCAUGUGUACUGAUAAUGGCACAUGAAUCAAAUCAAAACCAAAUAAAAAUUUCUUUUCUGCAUUUUUAGUACUUAAACAUUACAUUUUAAUUUUCUUGUCUAGUUUUCACAUACAACCCAUUCACAGGUCAGAACCAUUUUUACAUCUUGUGAGUGGUCUGUAUACUUUCUUUCACAUGCUUUUGCAAUGUCUCUCAAUCUACUCACAUGUCUUAAUGCAUUUUACUCUUGGACUGCAGAGAGUCUAAGUUAGAAAUCGGCCCGUACGACACUAAACUUGACACUGUUUGAACUGUAAACUUUGAAAACUAGCAAAUACUAACAGAACUAUGAAAAAAGCCCACUAGUGUGGCAACACUGAAUAUACAUGUCCCCUGCACAAGGCCUGUACUCCUCAGUCCUUCAUACUACAUUUACACUUGCCUCUGUUUGUAUUGGAAAUAGUUGAAAUCUUUUUGGCUAGGAGUGUGUACGCCGGAGCAAUGUUAUGCUGAAUCUUUUAUCAAAAGAUACUUCGAUUAACUGCUAGUAAACUUUGCUGAUUGCUAUGGUAAGCCUGAGCAUUUCUAAAUACCUGUUUAUUUGUAAAAGCUUGCUUCUUGGGAUCUGCACCACAACCUAGAACUUUCUUGAAUCUGUUGGAACAGAAGG